GUGGAGAGUAGGCGUUCCAGUCGAGUGUAACAAACAGCGGGAGACGGGGCUGCACUCCCUAGCAGUGUUGCUACAACCGCCUACUAUUUACUCGUACUCCUCGAAGCAACAACAAGGAGAAAAUUCACAGACAUCAUUUUUUGUCGAUGGGACGAAUAGAAUCGAUUAUGCCUCUGAACAAGUAGCAAAAUCGCUGCCGAAGGAGGCGACCGAGCAAGGCAUCAUGUGAAAGAACUUGUACGGGAAACGGACUAUUUGAUCGAGAAGGAAAGGAAGAAACGAUUGUGAGCGGAAUGUCCGUGGAUGAGAAACCUGAAGCCCCCAUGUAUGUUUAUGAGUCAACAGUUCAUUGUGCCAAUAUCCUCCUCUGCCUGAAUGACCAACGCAAGCAGGAUAUCCUGUGCGAUGUGACCGUCCUGGUGGAGGGCAAGGAGUUUCGUGGACAUCGGGCCGUUCUGGCCGCCUGCAGCGCCUAUUUCCUCCAAGUGUUGGUAGGUCAGGCAGAGAAUGGCUUAACAGUCAGCCUUCCUGAACAGGUCACUGCAAGAGGAUUCGCUCCAUUGUUGCAGUUUGCCUACACUGCUAAGCUAUUGCUCAGCAAAGAAAAUAUUCAAGAGGUCAUACGGUGUGCCAAAUUCCUGUGCAUUCACAACCUAGAGGACUCGUGCUUUCGUUUUCUGGAAGCUCAGCUGCGUAGGGAGGACAGCUUGCUGCACUGUCACAAUGUGGCCGCUGAUGUCAUCAGCUCAAAGGAAGAAAGCAUGCAGUCAGAGGCCAAAGGCAUACGACACGCUGAUAUUCUUGAUUCCUUUCAAUGCCGUGGGGAAGAUCGGCUUGCAAAGUCUAUAACUAGUAAUGUCACAGAUGGCCGAUUGGACUCUGAAAGAUUCACGGGAUCAGAUCUGCCACGAUGCCCCAAGUAUAGGAAAUAUCAAUGGGCUUGCAUCAAGCACAAUAAUGAUUUCCCUUCACACACCAGUACCUCAGGUUUUCCUAGCACUGUUGAGGGGAGCAGCAUAAGUGAGGGUACACCAGAUCAAGGAAGCCCUUUAGCACAGAUCAAAGUUGAACCGCAUGCAGACGAGGACGCCAUCACAUUGUGCCUCUCAGGGGAUGAGCAAGAAAUUCGAAAUGAAGAUGGCGUGUUAGCAAUGGAAAUGGAUAAUCCCACAUCCACAGAAAUAAUCAAGAGAACCAAGUCGGCCUCCUGCAUCCGAGCUUUAUUCAGAAAAGGAGUGGAACACCACAACCCGCCGAGUACUUCGCAGCAGCUAUUUGCCAAUAGGCUUCCCUGCCCCCAGGAAAAAGUUCACUCUCAGGGAGAUCACAAAAGAGACUUAACAGGUUUCGCUGGGGAGUUGAGUUUGUCGUUAAUAUCCCCAAAAAACAAAGACAAUUUUACUGCAGGUCUGUCGCUCAAGUCCACAUCCUGUGAUGACAUUUGCAAACAGGAAGUUGAGCUCGAUCGACGAAGUGUCAUAUUUUCCUCAGGAGCCCGUAAUCACCUCGGAACCCCGGCGCAUUCCUACCCCGGUGGGAAUCCUUUUGAGAAUGAGCUUUCUGAGCAUGUGCCAAACGGGAUGUAUCCUGGAGUUAGUCAGUCUCUUCCAACCUCCCAGGGCUUUUCUCCCGGCGCCACCUGCGCCGAGUCCCAGCUACUGUGCCGCCCACGGCCAAACACUAGCUGCCCGGUUCCAAUCAAAGUUUGCCCACGCUCACCACCUUGUGAGACACGUACCAGGACAUCCAGCUCUUGUUCGUCGUACUCGUAUGCAGAGGAUGGCAGUGGUGGUUCUCCGUGCAGCCUUCCUCAAUUUGAGUUUUCUUCCUCACCUUGCUCCAACAUGGCCCGCUGCCUCAAUGUUGAUCCGCAAGAACAAAGUGUAGGGGAUGCUCUAUUUAAUCAGGGGCAACCCAAGAUCAAAUUUGAACAGUCCUAUGGCACUAAUUCCAGUGAUGAGUCAGGUUCUUUUUCAGAGGGAGACAGCGAAUCAUGCGCUGCACAAGAGGGUGGACCAGAGGUGAAACUCCCUUUUCCUGUUGAUCAAAUCACAAAUCUUCCACGGAAUGACUUCCAAACGUUGGUGAAAAUGCACAAACUGACCUCAGAACAGCUUGAGUUCAUCCAUGACGUGAGAAGAAGGAGUAAGAAUCGCAUCGCUGCACAACGCUGCCGCAAGCGAAAGCUCGACUGUAUCCUGAAUCUUGAAUGUGAGAUACGAAAACUGGUGUGUGAAAAGGAGAAGCUGCUUACGGAGAGGAACCAACUGAAGGCUUGUAUGGGAGAACUAUGGGAGAACUUUUCCUGCCUAUCACAGGAGGUGUGCAGUGACGUCCAGAUGAGCCCUGAACAGAUUCAGUCGUUGCACAACUACUGCCCAGUCCUACGACCCAACAAUUCUACUGCCAGCAAUCACGCCGCCUACGAUUUAAAGCCUUCUAACAGACUUAACAUCACCAGCAUCAAUCUUACUGCCCGUUUGGAAUCCGAAACGCCAACAACAAACAUUCCUAGUUCAACUGGUGCUUUGGAAGUGGACUCGGAGGGAAACAAGGAAGACAAAGCUAUGGACAGCCAAUACAUCAGCCUGUACACAGAUUUAGGGCUGACUGACGAAAAAUAUGGUCACCAGACAGUAACGGUUGAUUUCUGCCAGGAAAUGACCGAUAAAUGUACAACUGAUGAGCAGCCUCGGAAGGACUGUACUAAGUGAAAGUACUUUUGUUUAUUAAUGUUUUUCUUUAAUGAUACUCUUUUGACAAACCCACUUCUGGGUUGGUUGAGAUUACUAAAAAAAAAUUUUUUUUUUAGUGAUUACUAAAAAAAAAAAAAAAAAAAAAAAUUUGUACACAUUUGUUUUUCAAAAUUUCGUUUUUGUAAACGGUUGACACUAAAGUUGUCUUAAUUGCAUAAAAUCCUUUUCACAAGGUAUUCUCCCACCGAAUGUGGAAACUUUUUGCUAAAUCCUUAUAAUGGUGCUAUGACUAAAGCAGCUUUGAGAUAGGGUGGGUUUAUGUGUCACUCAUAACACAAGAGGGAACCUCAUUGGACAAAAACAGUUAUCUCUUCUCUAGCAGUGAAUAAUUGGCUUGUUGCCUUUUUGAGGGCGUGUUCCCAUUCUUCCUGCCACUCUGGUUCCAUUACUCUUCUCUACCUCUCUCUCUGUAGCUACUAUUGUUGGUGGCCGUCAUUGAAGUUUUUAAUCUACAGCUAUUCUCAAACUCAGGGAAAGAAAAUCCUCUGAAUGUUAAACCUGGUUCAUUAGUUCAUGCUUCAUCAAUACAUAUUUUGCAUACAGUAUAAUGUUUUUUGACUGAAAGUGUUUAUGCAAAAAUGUCUUUUAUUUGUAUUUCUGUACAGGCUGUAAACUGAUAACAUUCCUUUUUUGCCUUGAUCUCUCAAUGGAAAGAUUGUUCUGGCAGAUAUACAGUAUAUUUAUCUAACAAGCAAUACCAUGCAUUGUUUAAAUUUUGACUUCAUGCUUUAUUGGACAACUACAGAAUAUAGUGUAGCGCAUGGUUACUGUAUGAGUGGCUUCAGAUAUUUGUUUUUACCGUCAAUAGAAGAGUUCUUAUCACUGCCUGAAUGAAUAGGUUUUGCAUCUCAUUUAGUGACUAUAUGCUGGGUCUUCUUAAUUCCCAGGAAAUCCAUUUGUAAAACUUAUUCCCAUGAAAGCAUUUCUUGGCAUAUGCCAGUGUUGUUUUUGGCAGCCUUUUCAUUUUUGUCUUAGUCUUUUGGACAAUAAUACUUAUUAGUCUUAGUCAUAUUUUAGUCAUUUCAAAAUGUCUUCGUCUUGUUUUAGUCAACAAAAUCUCAUACAAAUUUCAUGUAGUUGUAGUCGACAACUACUCAAAAUGUUUUCGUCUGUAAAAUUCAAAUUCACCGUUUUAGUUGAAAGAUAAAGGUUUCCAACAAAUUCGAAUGAACAUAGACAGACGAGCACAUAUGGAAGCGUCUACAAGACGUAGUAUACAACUUUAUGGUGAUAAUACACACUCAGCAGGAAAAGCAGCACAGUGAUCCCUUGUUUUUCACGGUUAAUGGGGACCGCCCCCUUCCCCCCGAUAAAAAAAUUCGCGAAGGAGAGGAGGACCUUAUUUACAUUAAUAAAAAAAAUUUUUUUGGGUAAGUGUUCAAUGUAUUUAUUCAGAUUUAAAGAUACAUAUAAAACAUGUUUUCCCUUUUUUCCCCCCA